AAUUAUAUCAUAUUGUCAGCCGCUGCUGUGCGGUGGUCUGAGUCUUCUUGUUAAAUGUACACAGGAGAUUGAAUUCUUCUUGACAUAUUGUUCAGUCAAUGCGUUUCCGGAAACAGGGAUGAUCGACGUUUAUGAUGAUGGCUGAGGAAAUACAAGGACAUAUUUAUAUGAGUUGAUACAAGGUGGUUGUGAAAAUAUAUAGCUACAAUAUCUCGUAACUUUUCAUGACGUUAUAAUAAGAGUACAAUUCUGUCGAUUUUCUUCAAUUUUUUUAUAAUGUAAUAGCGACCUUCGAUCAAAGGACUUAUUGUUUUUUUAAUGGAAACGUUCUAUUCUGGAACAGCCGGCUAUUAUUUGAAGACUCGAAUUCGUACCUGUGCAUGCAUAGCGAAUAUUAUGUUUAAAUAAGGGAUGCAAGAUUUCAGUAAUUAACCCCUUCGACGGCACUGACGCUAUGUGGCGUAAUGUCGUUCUUUUCAGUAAAAUAUUGGAUUCAUUUUGAAUUUUAGAAUUUUUACUUCGAAUUUGUAUUUAGCGAACCCAAAAAUACCUUAGAUUCCAGUUGUUGAAAUUCAGUUACAUUUUUUUUGUCCACUGGAAUACAAACUGAUUCAAUUCUGUUUGUCGUCGAAGGGGUUAAACGCAAUUUUCUCAGUUGUGUGCCAGGUGUCGUAUGUAUCUUAUUAUUAGACAAUUACAAGACUCGUAAAUAAUCUUAGGGAGACUUGUAAUUGAUAUUUAGUACAUUUUAACGUACAACCAUCUAAAAAUAAUUAAUUUGAAUUGUUCAUCAGGUGUUCAUAGUCGUCAUUUAAGUGUAAUAAGAUUAUUCACGAUUUCUUACGUUGAUGAGGAGAUUCAAAAAAUGUAUUGCUCAUUCGGAUUAUAAAUUUUAUUAUGUUUCACAGAUUUGGAAUAGUUAAAGAGAAAUACGUGUUAUUAACUAAAUACAUUAUAGUUAAGACUACACGCGAAGUAACAUCCUAUAUAUAUAUUAUUUUUCUCAAAGAUAUAUUCUCAACGGUUAUAAUAUUUCAAUAUAGCUGUCAAUUAUCCGACAAGAGACUAAUGCGGGUGUUAUUAUAUUUGUCAGUAUAAAUAUCGUUACUCUAGUGUAUCUCAUCGAGUACAAGAAUAUACGUGAUUCAUCGUUAAAUAUCUAAGGUGGAUUCUAGUUAUGGUAAAACUAAUUUAUUAUGAGAGAAAAUCGAACUUGAACAGAAACUGAUUAUCAUUAAGAUGAUAAACAGGCAUGGUCGGUAGGUAUGAACACUCACUGCCAUACCGCGCCCUAUGAAGGUAAGGACCAAACACUUCAAUAUAGAAAGGAGGAGUCAUUCCCCUCGCAGCAAGAAGGCUUAGACAGAGCGUGGAGGGGAAACGUGAAAUUAUGGAACACCUCUUUAAGAAAAGUUGACUGUAUUACCGUAUCAGACCUUGUGGGAGGAAUAAGUGAAAGGUGUUUCCAGUACAUGUUCGUGAUUUUAUCUCGCGACUUCAUUCCUGCUGAAGACAGUACGGGCGUACUAUCUGAAUUAAAAUAUGAAGCUGUACUCAGUAUCCGAUGGACCACCUUCUCUUGCCUGUCGACAGGCACUGAAAGCUUUGAAAAUUGAUUAUGAAUUGAUUGAUGUGGAUUUUGGCAAAGGGGAACAUAUGACUAAGGAAUAUGAAGAGUUAAAUCCACAAAAAGAAAUUCCAGUUCUGGUGGAUGAUGAUCUUACUAUGGGAGAGAGCAAUGCCAUUUUGCAAUACCUGGGUGAUAAAUAUGAUACGGCUGGUAAGCUUUAUCCUAAGGAUCCAAAAUCACGAGCCAUUGUCAAUCAUAGACUGUGCUUCAAUUUGGCUCUCUAUUAUCGUAACAUUUCUGAGUAUGUGAUGGCACCGAUUUUCUUUGAUUAUCAAAGAACUCCUUUGGGUCUGAAAAAGAUGAAGAUGGGCUUAGAUAUAUUCGAGACUUAUCUAAAACGUGAUAAUUCAACAUAUGCAGCUGGAAAUGACUUGACCAUUGCCGACUUUCCAUUAGUCACAGCCACUAUGUGCCUGGAGGCUAUUGACUUCAAACUGGGACCAUGGCCACGCGUAGAGAAAUGGUACAACAACUUUAAAACAAAGUAUCCAGAUCUUUGGGAAAUCGCUGCUGGCGGGAUGCGUGAGAUUAGUCAUUUUGAGAAAAAUCCACCCGAUUUAUCUCACAUGGAUCAUCCCAUUCAUCCCGUGAGGAAAUAGAUUUCUUGAAAGUUUACAGUUAUUAGAUAACAAUCAGGAAACAAAGAAGAAUCCACCAAUCUAUAACAAAUACAAUUUCUUUUUAUUACUGGCAGUACAAUAAUAGCAAUAUUUUUAUCAUAAAUCUAUAUCACUAAGUGACAAGAUUAGUUCGAGAAGGAACAAUUGGUCAAAUUAAAACAAUUAGGUGAUACAUAAUAUUUUUGCAAUUUAAAAUGUGUGUACUUAUUCUUUUGCGAUUAUGUCAGACGCUACAGUGUGACGAUAUGUUAUCGCAAUUAUACUUGUGUCAGUCUGAUAUCAGGGAAUCCCUUCUCUUAUCGCACCAUUCACUUUCAAGGUACACAAUUCUUAUGAUUAUGGAGUUUAUUUUUACGGCACUGCACAGUGCUCGUGACAUGUCAUUACGAAACGAUAUUUCUUAUAGAGAAGCUAUUUCAGCUCGAAAAAACAAGAAACAAAUGUUAAUAUCUUCUAACGUAUAAAUUAAUUCAUAAAGUUGUUGUCCUUAUAUCUUUAAAUAUAUAAAUCCUUGUUUUUUAAUACAAUUCCCAAUUAUAGUUUUGCAGUAUCUUUUCGCCCACUGUGACAGUAUGCUAUAUGAAAAAUCUAAGAAUAAUGGUGAUUUGUUCAAAUAUAUAGGUUGUAAUCUGAUGUUUUUAUGCAAUGUUUGAUAACGAACUAGUAUAAUAAAUAUGCAUAUUGUCAGUUAUUUUCCAAUUUUAUGGAAUUUUAGUAGAAUAACUUUAAAUAUUUUAUGAAUUUAUCAUAAAUAAAAUUUGUAAACUCUUAAUAAUUCUUAUUAUCCAAUAUCUUCACAAAAUCUACAUAUACUAAGAUACACUGUCACUGUGCAAAUUUCUUUCCCUACCUUAAGUAGCUAUUUAGAAUUUUAUUUAGAAGUAAACAAACGGAAAAUAUUUCUUUUUCUAUACUGAGACAUUAUUUCGCCUUACAGGUGUACGUUUGGAAAAAGCUAUGCUAAAUAUACUUGACUUUUCAUUAUUCAA